AUGCGCUCUCUGAGGCUGGCCAAGCACGCCAUUGCGGCGCCCGAACUGCGCAGCGCACCACCUCACGCGGCCAUCCAGCCGUCCAAACGCCUCCUCGCACACUCCGGCGCCGCACCCGACGUCGCUGCGCGAGCGUCCAACCUCAACACGGCCAGCGCGUGCCCUGCAACCGCCUCACGCAUCGCACCACCCAAGGGCCGCCUCCCUUCGCCCGCCCACGGACACCGCGCAGCCACGGACCCACCAGCCUCCGCGGACCGCCGCCGCUCCUCCGCAGCCAUCCGCGAGGCGCUUCUACAGCUGUCUGACCGCGUGCCGCCGUCCGACGUGGCCCAAGACGAGUCAGACGAGACGCACGCCUCCUGGCUGGACCGCGACCGCGACGGCGACGGCAGCAGCGGAGGCGACACCGACGGCGGCCCAACGGGCAGCGGCAGCGACGACGAGACGCUGAAGGACAUUGACGUCGAUCUGUUCCGUGCGCCCGCGCCCGCGGAGGCGAUGCGGGCGGCGCUCGGGGCCGGCGCGGACGUCGACGGGGAGCGCGUCGUGCUGCGCGUGCCCGAGCUGGUCCGAGCGGAGGUGCUUGCGCGCCCGAGCAAGCAGGUGAAGAGUCCCUAUUUGGCAGAUGUCUCUGUGUGUGGCGGGGGUGAGGACGGGGGCGGGGGAGAGCCGGUGAUGGCGCACACGGCCGCGCUGGGCGCGUGCUACGUCGGCGCGCAGGUGCUCAUGACGCCGCGGGCGCGGUCCAGCGGGGGGGUGUCGAAGUACGUGGUCAACCAGCUGGUAGAAACCAUCAGCGGGUGCGAGGUGGGCGUGGGCGUGAACCCGAUGAUGGCGGAGGACGCGGUCGCGUGCGCGGCGGAGCGCGGGUGGAUCCGCGGCGUCCCCGAGGGCUCGCGCGUCGAGAGGCAGGUCAUGGUGAAUCACUCACGCCUCGACCUGGCCUGCGAGACGCCCGGCGGCACGGUGUACGUCGAGGUGAAGAACGUGACGCUCGCGGACCACGCGGACUGCUCGACGCGCGUGCGGGCGCAGCUGGAGCGCGACGGCGCGUUUGCGGACCUCGACCCGUGGAGCAAGGCAGGGAUCUUUCCGGGCAACGCGGACCCGCUGCGGUCGCGCAGGGUCACGCGCACGCCGGUCAGCUCAAGGGCGUUGCGGCACGUGCAGGAGCUUGCGGAGCUGGUGCAGGAGGCUUGCGGCGGCGGCGGCGUGCGCGCGAUGCUGGUCCUCGUGGCGCAACGGCCCGACGUGGACCGCAUCGCGCUGUCGCGUCUCGACCCGACGUUCCGCAGGGCCGUGCGGGCCGCGGCGGACGCGGGAGUCGAGGUGCGCGGGUACCGGAUGCGCUGGGUGGGGACUGUUGCCAUUUGGGAGGGGGAGUUGCCUGUUCUACUGGGCUGCGACGCCGACGACGACGCCACGGAGGGACUGCGCGACAACGCCAGCGCCAUCUGA